AUGAAAUCUAAGCAGAAACUUCCAUCUUUCCACGGUACAUGGACAAUACAUGAGUGGAAGAGUGAUAUGCCAGUAGAACCAUUAGUUAUUGCUAAUGGAAAUUUUGGCGAAAUUAGUUUAUCAAUUAGAAAAACAACAAAUCCUAAAGCAUUUUUCAAUAUAGUUAUAUCAGGCAAUCAUCUUUCAUCUGAUGGUUUGCAAGCGAUUCUUGAAUGCGCAAUAACUUCACCUUCUGCAACAGAAAUCCGCAAAUCUCGUCAAAUUCAAAUCUCAUCGUUCUGUUCAUCAGAUACAUUAUAUUUUGGCAUGCAUAUGGAUGCACUUAAUACUUAUUUAACAUCUACAGGCAGUUUUGAUAUCCAAUAUUUAUUCAAAGUGAUUUCAUUAGAUCCUGCAACAGUUUCAACAACAUUUUCAACAAACCCACUUGAUGUUGACUACAUCAACAAGUACGGACCAAAUCCAGUCCCAGUUCUUUCUCCAGUUCGUCCACAAACAGAUUUUCCUGUUGCUUCUCCGCGCAGAUUCCUUCUUGAAGCUGAUGAUCUUGGAAAGCUCGAUAAUGGUGUUGGAUCCGUCACAUCCAUCGAAGAAUCUUCAUAUCUUCCUGCAAUUUUAGAAUUAAUUUACAAUAUUCCAAUGAUAAGAUCAAUGUUUCUUACAUUACGUGAAAUUUCUCAAUCAUUUAAGUUCAUUGAAGAGAUCAAAAAGACAUUUGCAGUUCUACAAUCAAGUCCAAAAUAUUCUAUUUGCGAUGGAGUCCUUAAUUCAUUACCAUGGCCACUGAAAGGUCAUUCUCCAAUUGAUUUAUUCGCAGAAAUAAUGUUUGGACUUACUGGUGUCCUUGGAAACUCCGUUUUUUCCAAGAUUAUUCCAACAUUUAUUUUAAACAACAGAGAAGCAAAGACCAUUGAACAAGCCAUCGAACUUACAUCACCACCUGAUGUAUAUCCAGACGUUUUACCAAUGUGGCCGCACAAACAAAGGUCGAAAAUUCCGUUUGAGUUCAAAGAAAGGAUCAAAAUCGGACCAGAACUCGAUUAUGUCCUCCACGAAGUCUUGAUAGAAGACGGUGGCCGUCAUAUUUUGUUUGUUCAACCAAAGAUUGAAGGAGAUUGGGUCAGAAUUGACGGAAUUACGGCAAGUAUUGUAUCAAAACAAGAAGUAUAUGAUGCAAACUUCAAGAAGAAACUCAUUUGUCUCGUUUAUACCAAGUUAAACGGACAAUUUGGAAUAUUCGAUACAUCAAACAUCAUUGUUGACAAGAAUUUCGCUGACAGUGCCAUCCAAGAGCAACAAACAUUAUUACAGAACCAUUGCCAGCUCUCAGAACAGAAGAGAACCACCGAAUUUGCCUUCUUUACAGAAGAAACACUUAGAUUCUUGGCCAGAUCAUCAAAACCAGGUUUCCAAGCGAUAGAAACUAUCGGAAAAGUCCUUUUAGAUCCAUAUUCAUCAACAGAUCAGAUCUACUUCGAUGUUGCCGAAGCAGCAGGUGUUUCUGUUGAAACAAUUCGUUUGUUUGUUAUAACUAAUGAUGAAGAUUUAGUUUUCGUUCCAAUGACGAAAGAAGCAGAUUUCAGUGGUGUUCCAACGAGAAAGAUCUUCAUUCAAACACGUAAAAGCAUUGAUUGCCUUAGUAUUCCUGACGACCAUUACACAUUAUUCGUCAAAUACUAUGAUCCAACAAUGGAUCAACCAUUUGUUUAUUUGGGAUCCGUUGUUUGUUCUCCGACAACUCCUAUUUCUUCUGUUACACAAAAUGUUGUUGUCGGAUUAGCUUUCAAGCCUGAAACAGUUUUAAUUGCUUACAAUGAAAAGACAGGAGAUCCUUUGAAGAUGACUGCAGUCAUUGGAGCUCAAAACUUUGGAAAAAUUGAAACAAUUGUUUUCCAAGCAGAUACAGUUCUUAACUCAACGAUGCCGAAGCUUUCUGCACAAAGAUUCAAAUUGUUUGAUUGCAGAAAUGAUAUUCCAAGGCCUGCAAAGUCUUCUUCUGUUCCUGUGAACCCAUUGAGAUUGAUAGGAGAUGUUCCUGUUGUUCAAACAUACAAGGAAUACAUGAACGAGUUGAAAGAGAACUACGAUGUUCUUGCUUUCGAUUACAAUGAUUACAGAUUGUCUCCUAUUUUGUUCUCAAUGCCAAAGACAAUUCAUUUCUCACAGUUAGAAAGAGCAAUUGUCAAAAUUACAAAAUUAAGAUACAACAAAGCAAGAGAUGUAAUGUUGUUCUUCGCAAGUGAUCAUCAGGGUGGAGAUAUUCCUUGCCAAAUACCUUUGCCACUUUCUUCACCUCUUAAAGAAGAAAUGCUCAAUAAAAAGAAGAAAAUCCUGUUUUACCAUCUCGCAAAAGAUCCUGAAAUGGAUCUAAGAAAAUGUAAAACUGUUCAUGUCAAAAUUGCAAGAGAUGGUGUCAAUAUUUCAGAUCAAUUUUCUUACUUCAUUGAUCCUGACACGACACUUGCAACAGUCUUACAACUCCUCACGGAUACAGGUGUUCAAUUGCCUAAGUCAAGCUUGAGAUGUCUCGCUGAAACAGCUGGAACUUUGACGCAUGCUUAUCAGACACAAAAUGACAAAUUAAUCAUGACUCCACACACAUCAUUAAGAAUUGAUGUAACUCCUGCAAACCAACAAUCCAUGAUGUUGAUGCAAGUUAACUUCGCUAGAUUGGAUAGUAAGAGUUACAUACACACAGAAGGAACUCCUUUCUACGUUCCAAUCGCUGAGAAAGAAACUGUUUCUGAUAUAAGAAAUAAGAUUUCGCAGAUGGCAAAAAUUUCGCAGAAUUCGAUGGAUAAAAUGAAGAUCGCGUUUUCAAGUCCGAAAGUUAGAAUAUCAAGCCAAGAUUACAUUGAAAACAAUGUUGUUAUAUCGAAUUUCUUAGAAACUUAUGGAUUAGAACCAGAAUCUGUUGCUAUCAUGUUGAUCAAACCAAAACCAUACACUAAGUAA